UACACUUCUAUUGAAAGAUGCAUCUUCAUUACUUCCUUGUUCUCUACAUUAUCUUCUGUAUUUUGCUAACUCAAGCUCAAGCUCAACAUAAUACAACGAUAUCCAAUUCAACAAACUCCAAUUCAACAAAUAUCCAAGGAAAAGUGGCUAAGAAACGCGUAAUGAAACGAAGACUUCAUAAGGAUGACAAGCAGGGCAAAGGAAUGAUGCACAUUGUCAUACACAAGAUUCAACCUGGCGAUCCUUACUACAAGGUUUUCGAUGGCGACGAGAAGGCAGCUCGGGGAUUCACCAACAAAAUAUGGAACCGGCUGUUCAAUCGAUAUAGAACUAUGCUCAUUUAAUGUAUUUUUCUUAAUCCUAAAGUAUAGCCAAUAGCUGACCUUAAGUUAUGAUAAUAAAGCUAGAACUGAAUAUGGAA